AAUUUAUUUGUUUCAUGUUUCUUUCAGGUGUGAAGAGCGAUUCAUGUUUGGAUAUAGAAAUAACGUCCUCAACAUCAAAAGAGCGACUGACAGCACAAACUCUUUCCUGCAUCACCUGUGGAAAGACAUUCAGCUCACAGAGACUUUUAGAGAGACAUGAGAGAAAACACACAGAACAGAAACUCUUCACCAGAUCUGAGAUCAGCUUUACUACCUUACAAGAGAAGAAACUUCAUUCAGAAGACCACAGAGAGAAGAAGAAGAAGAAGAAGAAGAAGCAGUUUCACUGUGAGCAGUGUGGGAAGAUUUGUGUCUCUUCCUCUGAUCUAAAUGUUCACAUGAGGACACACAGUGGUGAAAAGCCUUUCAACUGCACUGAAUGUGGAAAAUACUUCAGAACCAAACAAAAUCUUGAUAUUCAUCAGAGACUUCAUACAGGUGAAAAACCUUACGAGUGUCCUCACUGUGGGAAGAGUUUUAAUGUAAAUGCUGCCUUACUAAGGCACCAGAGACUUCAUACAGGUGAAAAACCUUUCAAAUGUUCUCAGUGUGACAAGACGUUUGCUUGUUCAAGUAGCUUAAAAAAACACAAAAUUGUUCAUACUGAGGAGAAACCUUAUCACUGUAGUCUCUGUGGAAAGAGUUUUGGACAACGGGGUACAUUACUAAAUCACAAGAGACUUCAUACAGGUGAAAAACCUUUCAAAUGCUCUCAGUGUGACAAGACGUUUGCUCAGUCAGGUCACUUGAAAGCCCAUCAGAGACUUCAUACAGGUGAAAAACCUUUCAAAUGUUCUCAGUGUGACAAGACGUUUGCUUGUUCAAGUAGCUUAAAAAAACACAAAAUUGUUCAUACUGGGGAGAAACCUUAUCACUGUAGUCUCUGUGGAAAGAGUUUUGGACAACGGGGUACAUUACUAAAUCACAAGAGAAUUCAUACAGGUGAAAAACCUUACAAAUGCUCUCAGUGUGACAUGACUUUUUCUAAGUCAGAUCACUUAAAAUCUCAUCAGAGACUUCAUACUGGAGAGAAACCAUAAAGGAACAGUAUGUAAGAAAUGUAUAUAAAUUAAUCAUAAAAUGGCCAUGAUAUGUCACUAGACAUUAAGAAUUAAUUUUCAUUUCAAAUAUUUAUAUCACUGACAUCAGUGGCCUGGCAAGGAUAUUGUCAUUUAAAAAGUGGAGUUGCAGUCCUCAACUGAUGUUUAUGUUGUCAUUUUGCGUAUUGGCCACUAGUUGUGUGAUUGCAGUACCAGUUUUAGCCACAAGGUUUGUGAUUGCAAGAUUGAAAGGUCACGUUUUCCUAAUGCUAUUUUUUAAACCCUAGUUAGAGUGUAAUGUUGCUAUAACAGCAUAAAUAAUACUUGUAAAAUAAAAUGAUAAAGCUUACUGCCAGGCGAUAUAUUUUCUUUAACAGAAUUCGCCUUUCAAAGCUUACAGCGAACGGCCGGUUUGGACUACAGACCUCUACUUCCUGUUUUAAUGACUACAGUAGAACAGUUUUUGACUAAACCCACCCCACAGGAAUAUGUCAGUUGCCCUUAGUGUGACAAGACAUUUACUCUGUCAAGUCACAUCCCUUCUGAAAAAAAAACCCAAUAAAACCUUUACAGAAAUUCCUAAUGGUUUCCAUUAAAAUACCAAAAGGAACCAUUAGCUUUUACCAUUAAAACCACUAAAAAAUAUCUUCCUUUUAGCUAAUUAAACGUCUAACCAAACAUCUUAAACUAUCAGCGCCUAGCAGCGUCUGCGGCCCACAUGAUGACCUGACAUGAUGUCAUUGGCUUAAAAUUAGCGGUUUAGGUGCAAACCGGUUAAAAAGUGUAUGUGUGUAUGUGUCCGAGAGCAAACUAACUGUUCAGAACUACAAUAGUGUUAAUAAAAUAUGAAAAACAACAUGAAUUAACACAUUUAUCAUUUUUAUGUCCCAUUUAUCUCUUUUAAGAACUCAUUAAUUUUAUAUUGUGUGCUAUGUGAUUUUUCUAAUUGUUUUUUAAAGUAUUUAUGUCAUGGGACCACAAUGUCUUUAAUUGUUCAUUAACUUUGGUUGGUAUAGAAACACACUGAGAAAGAAACUGUUCAGAUUAUUCAGUAAAUGCUUUGUUCAUUUUUUCAAUGAUUAUGUCUCCUGACUUCUACUAUAGGCCUUUUCUCUGGGCUGGUAAAUGAAAGUUUACUUAAUUAUUUA